AUGGGAAUCAACGUGGGUUUGAAGCAGGAUGAGGCCAGACAAUGGGCUGAACACAUUCAGUUGCUCAAGAAUACCACCGACUCGAUGCAUGAGAUUUGUGCGGCCAGAAGGAAUGUGUUGGGAUGUCAGGUAUGCUUUUUGGUUGAUUGCAUUUGGUUUAGGUGGGAAUUGAAUUCAAAUGGAGUUGAGGGUGGACUUGUUUUAUCAUUUGUUGCUGAUAUUGUUCAUGACGAUUUUUUUGUCCGAAAAAAACUUGGAUAAUAGGUUUUUUUGAAUCUAUUCAAACUACAAACUAAUUAUAGACAAGAAAUUGUGCUGUAAACCUUAUGCUUUACAGUAAUUUUGCAUGUUAUUCCGACAUUUCAAUAGGCCUUGAGGUUCUUUUUUCGCUUUUCGAAAUCUUGUUUACUUUUGCAGCUUUACUACGUGAGUGCUAAAUUAAUUUAAUCUCUGACCAUUAGUUAGCUUCAUAAUGGAUUAAAACGAACGGAAGUUGGAUAAAAUUGACGGCUUUAUAUUAUACUGGAUCAAGUAUAAUAUCAGAUGGAUUUAGUGGAAAAUUUUUGUUUUGAUAAGGGAAAAAUGGCUAGAAAUAACAAGUUUAUGCCAUGUGCGACCUACUACGAUAUAUUGGAAUAACAAAUAGAUUUGAUUUUACAUGGAUAUUACUUUAGGAAGCCCUGAUGUACCUGACCAAUGCUGUCAGAGACUUUGAAGCACUCAUUUCAACCAUCAAAGUGGAAGCAGAAUGGGAGAAUCUGGAGAAGUAAGCGGUUUACAUCCCUGCAUCAUCAUCAUUUCAUAACCAUUUUUUUAUAUUUAUAUCAAGUGUAAUAUAAUUUCAGUCGUCCACAAGCGUUGGCAUGGGAAGUGAAAGGUGUUCCAAAUCGCAAAUCAAAGUAUGUUGAAGUUUUUUUGAUUUUAUUGGUGUUUAGAGAUGUCAAGACGAAUGGAAAUGGAGAGGAUGUUAAUGGAAAUCCAGCAAGUGUAAGUAAAAUAUGGAAUGUUAUUGAGGUUCAGAGAGGCUAGGAGCUUAAAAUUGGGUUAAAAACUAAAGGUGUUUUGUCAAUUCGAAAUGAUCUUUUGGGACUUUUUUUAUUGGGAGUGUCUAGUGUAAUAUAAUUUUUUAGUGAAAUUUGAAAAAUUUUCCCCUCAAUGGAAUAAAGUAUUCUGAGUGAUUUUUUUGCAGAAAUACCCGCCUCUUUACUCCAAAAACAACAAGGAAAACGAAGCCCUCAAGUAUAAUGGCGGUCGAAUUUCGCAGCCAAAAAGUGCGAUGGACAUCCCUCAAACCAAGUCCAGUAUGGCCAAAAUCGCCUAUUCUCGACAAUUGCUUUGGCAACAACACAAGAAAUUACUUACCGAAAAAUUGACGGUCAAAAGAAGGAAGCAAAAAGAUAUUAUUUUGCGGAGAAAGAGCAUGCCCGUUCUUGGAAAUGCAACCAAUAUGCAGAAUAUGGAGUCGAACUUGGAAUCAAUUCAUGAAGAAGACCGAAACACCUCGGAUUCGUGCUCAUUGAAGACCCAAGUGGGAUAUUAUUCGAAAUCCGAGCCCCAAGGAAUCCUGGAUUUGAACAAUGACGAUGAAUGGAAGGCCCUGACUGAAGAGGAAGAGUCCCUGGCUCAUGAGGAAGCUAGUCUGCAAAAAGAAAUCGAGGACGAAGAGAGCGCGUCGAUCGACGAACAGAUCCAUGAGAAUAUUAUUUUGGAUUUCAGCGAUCUCGAAAGAAGCCAAGGAAGCCGAUGGAAGGCGGUCGUGGAUAGGUGGGACAUCAACAAUGAGCCUGAAGUCAAAAAUCAGGAAGUAAAGUUUCCACAACCCGGAGAUACGGCAAGAUUACAUCAACGGUUACUGUCGCCGGUGAGAAAAAAGUGAGUUGCCAGGAAAUUUGGGGAAAAUAAAGAAGUUUUGGAAUUGAAAGGGGUAUAAGAGGGACUCAGAAAGGUUUUAGAGCCUUGAGCUGCUUUGUAGAGCGUCUGGAAAUUAUCUGAGGAGCAAAUUUGCCAUGGAUAAUAUAACAAAAUCAAAAUUUUUGAAAAAAUCGAAAUUUUUGGUAGAGUUGCUAUAUGAUUUGGACGAAAAUUAGUAUUUAGGCGUUGUAGAAUGUGUUGUAACAAAAUUUUUUAUGAAUUUUGACCUAUAACAUCUGUUUCAUCAAAAUUUUUAACCAACUGAACUCAUGUGUAAUAUAGCAAAUUUUUUAAUCUAAACUAAUAUUUUUGGCGCUCAGAAGAUUACAUAAGGGCUUAGAAAGACAUUCAGAGUUUUGAUUUGGCAAUAAUCCCCUUGAGUUUCAGGAAAUAUGACGUCGAUGUUAUCCUUGAACGCCAACAAAAGGCCGAAGAAAUGAGAGCCCAUCUGCGCGAACGCAAAGCCGAAAGACUCCGCGAAUUGCAUUUUCGAGUAAGUCCUUUGAUCAUUAUUGCAUAUUCGAAGUUUAGGUGGAAGAGAUCAACAGAAAACGCAUGGAAUUGAUCGAGAAAAAACGGAUUCAUCUGCAGAAAAAGAUGGAGAAGGCCGCCGAAAAUCGCCAGAAAAACAUUGAUCUGGUCGUGAAACAGGCCAAGGAUGUGGAUCAACGUGUUCUCGAAGUCAAUUUUAUUAAUUCCCUGGAGGCAGAGAAUGCAAAAUAUGGAUUGCAGAUGAAGGAAUUGAACCGGGAAUAUAGGGUCCAAAGCCUUAUGGAUGGGAAAAGAAAUGCCGAAAAGGCGGCGAAGAACGAACUUCAAGGUGUUGAAGUGAGUUUUAAAAUAGGUUAAUAUGAAUGAAGUUGCGAUGUAUGUAUUGGUUUUUGGGUAUUUGUGUAUGUGAGACAGAUUUGGGACCUUGUUUUAGACAUCAGUUUUUGCAAAAAUUGAAAGUGAAAUUUUUGUAUUUUAUGAUUCAAGAAGGGCAGGAUAUCUCACUCUAGUGCACAGAUGGAUUGAUAAAGAAGAUAUUGAAAUAAAAAAUUGUGGAUUUACAUCCAAUUUUCAACUUUUUACAUGGAUUUGAAAUUUUGAAAUUUUUUAGGUUUUUAUGCUUCGGAAUUUGCUUUUUCUGACAAAAUUAGAAAAAUAACUCCCUUAAAAAUGAAUUCCACUCUCCUUAACUGUAAUUUGAAGACAGUUUCAUCUAAUACAUCAGAAAAUUUUUUUUGUGAUAUCAAGUAUAAUAUAAGUUUUAGCCGGAAAAGAAGCCCAAGGAGAAAUCAAAGGCUGAAAAGAAGAUGAAUAGGAAAAAUAAGCUGCUCCAGCCGUUUCCAGAAGAGCAGAAGCGACCUUGUUCGUCAGCUUUUACAUUCGGCGCCAAAGAAGAUGACAUCCCAUCCGAUAAAAUUAGUGGUACUAAAUGGAGAUGCGAAUGUGGAAAGGGAUUAGUGGUGAGUUUAUUUGAUUUGGAAUUUGUUACAAGUUUGUAGGGAUAUUUUUUGGCUAAAUGUUUUUAAAAAUUACGAAUUUAGAGGAAGGACUUGGUAAAAAGUCAGUUUACAUUAGUGAAAUAUGUAGUGAAGCCAAUGUUUAUCGGCUUAUAUUGAAGCUAGGAGGCUUGUGCUUGUUUGUAGUAACUAAAAAUUACAGUAUCCGCAAAAAUUUUUUUUUGGUUUUUGGACUUUCAAAAAAUUUUUUUUUAGGCGAAAAAUUGAAAAAGUUCGUCGAAUUUUGAGGUUUUAUGACUUUCAGAUGUCGACCAGUCUCGAUAUCCUCGCCCAUUUCAUGUCCACCGACCAUUGUCGGGCCCGAAAUUUGGACCCAUUCGACUUUGACUACAAUAUCCUUCAAAAUGAAGUGGAACAAUGCAUUUUUGAAUGCAAUAUCGAGGAUGAACCCGCCUCAAAUUCGACCUCAGAUGUCUCACAGGUCUUGGAGAAGCUGAUGUCCACGUCGAAGCCGCUGGAAUCGGUGAAAGCCAGCAAUUCGAAGCUGAUUUCUCAAUUUCAAGAGAUCUCGGCGGGGAUUUUGAGUGAAAUGGAGAAUAUUUCGAGUCUGGACAACGAAAUAAAUGAAUGGAAACGAGCGUUCAGAAAGCGAAAGGAAGCAGAGAAGAAUAAACUGGCUCCAGAGCUGAAAUCAGCCCUCUCGGCGACACUGGGAAAGAUUUCGGCGCUGAACAGUGGAAGGCUGAUGAAAAUUGACAAGUAAGGCUGAUUUUGUGAUAAAAAGGAUUGUUUUUAUGUUGAUUAUGAUUGCUGAGAGAGCAAGGGAGAAAAUUCUAAUCAUUUUGGGGCAAAAAAUGACAAUUCAAGUUUUCGUGGUGGGACCCAAAAUUGAUUUUGAAAAUUUUUGAAAUUGAAUAAAAGGGAUGGUUUUUUUUGUUGAUUAUGACUUCUGGGACAGCAAGGAAGAAAAUUGUAAUCAUUUUGGGGCAAAAAACGACAAUUCAAGUUUUCGUGAUGGGACCCAAAAUUGAUUUUGGAAAUGUUGGAAAUUGAAUAAAAGGGAUUUUUUAUGCUGAUUAUCAUUGCUGAGAGAGCAAGGAAGAAAAUUGUAAUCAUUUUUUGGCAAAAAACGUCAAUUCAAGUUUUCGUGGUGGUACCCAAAAUUGAUUUUGAAAAUUUUUGAAAUUAAAUAAAAACAUGAUUCCAUUAUGUGCCAUGUGACAUAUAGACUGCCUUUUUACGAUUUUUGCCCAAAAAAUUUUCAGGUUUUCGUCCUGAGACCAAAAAUUUUUUUUACGGAAAUUGCAAUUUUUGCUAUUUUUAACCCUAUCUUCUCUCGAAAAACAAGCGGUUUAGGAUCAUCUGCAAGCUGGCUAAUCUCCUGACGGCAUUGUAUUACACCGAGCAGCAGAAACUCGAAUUCAUUUGCACCGCUGAUGUUAUCCAUGUCCUGCAAAUCCUCUCAAACAACCUCCCCGAGCCCACGUUAUGGUUAUUGAACUUUUUGGACUCCUUCUGGGGCGUCCUACUGAAGAAUAUGAAAAAAGAUUUUGGAUUGUUCGAAAGAAUUCAACUUUUCAAUGAAUUGGCCGUCAAGUGCAAUAUUUCCGCGGUAAUCUGCAAAUGUUUCAACGAUCCGAGAGAGGAAGUGGAGAUUAAUGGAGUAAAAGUCAUCCCCGUGAAGUUGGCCGCAAGAUUCUUUCAGUUUUUGCUGCAAUGCAAUCAAAAGUAGGUAGUGGAAUGUAAUUUUUUGGAUUUUUGAUAGAAAAAAGAGUUUCGGAGGGUUGUUUAUGGCUAAUAUGGCUGUAAAAUAUAGUUUGUGACAUUCGCUUUUGGUGUAUUGAGUUUUGGGUUUCAAAAAUUUGAAUUCCCGCCAAUUUUGGCAUUGUGUUCUGGAUGUCGGAAAAGGUGAAAAAUUGAGGAAAUAAGGUCGUACUAGGUUAGUAUGGGUGUAAUAAAUUGUUUUAGCUGAGUUUUACUUUAUUUUAGUAUGUUAUUUUUGAUGAUUUUUGAGAUUUUUAAAAAAUUUUAAUUUUGAGAUUUUCAACUAUAAAUUUGUUGUAUUUUAGCCCCCAAGCGAACAUGGCUAACGUAAUGAAUGGUCUAAUAUCGUCAACGUAUGAACAAGUGGUCCAUUUGAACGAUAAAGGCAUCUCCGAAAUCCCAGAUCCCCUAAAACAAGGUCUUUUGAUGGUGGUGGACUUUUGGAACACGUUCUGGUCCAAAAACCUGCUGGAAACCCAAAUCCACCACGAACUGACCGCAAACCCAAAGGCCGCCAUCAAAAUGGCCUUCAUUUUCCGCACCCUUUUGUGGAAUUUGCCCUCCGGCCAAGAGAUCUCAACCCCGGCGCUGCGUGCAAUCGGCUUCGGACUGGCCGCGCUGACCUCACUCCAGCCCCAUUUCCGCGUAUUUUGUCUGCUGGGCUGGGAGAAGAGCGUCGCGAAGGAGCUGGCCCACCUCUACAGUAAGAUCUUUCAACCGCCGGAACUACGGUACUCGAUCCUCGUCAGCCUUUUGCUAGUCACUCACCACAACCCCAAAGCCCUCAGACUCAUCCGGAAUGAUGUGGAUGUCUCCUGGUUUACGGCGUUCUUAAAGGUAAACGAUUUUCGGGAUCAGAUGUCUAGUACAGGGUGGGCCACUCGAAACGGGUAAGUUUUUUCUUUGGAUUUCUCCGCGGAGACUCCGCCGAUUUUCCCGAAAUUUAGAUUUUUCUGUAGCUGAGACCCGCCAUUUUUAACCGGUUGAAUUUGAAAAAAAUAUAUUUUGAAUUGACCUUUCUAUGCCUUCCCAAAGUUUUGAGGAAUUAUUUUCGAGCCGAAACCGCUAAAACUUUGAAAAUUUUUGAAAUGAUUUUCAAUUGACUUUCUCGGACUUGGAAAAUUUUUGGCUUUUUUUGGGGGAAAUCGCGGAGUAAAAAGUUGCUAGUGCUCGCCUUAAACUUGUUUAAAGCAAGUUGAAAGCCACAAGAGGGUUGUUUGUAUUACCAUUAGGGCACGAACAUUCAAAAAAAAAGAUUUCAAAAAGAUUGCAAAAGUCCACACAAUUGGCAACGAGCCCCAGCUCCAAGUCAUUGAAGCUUGGAGCCCAGCCCGAUUAAAGAUAGACGAUGUUCACGAUCUGCAAUUCGAGCUGUUCACGACUCUCAUGACUCUCAAAGCUCCUACAAGUUUGUGCUGCGAGAGGAAAUGGGCAUUUCAGACUCAGAUAGAAAUAUUAAUAAUCAGGUCGUUAAAUAAAAUUGUUUUUACGACAAUAUUUUAUGGUUACCUGAGGUAAAACUUAGAAAAUUUCACCCAAAAACUCGAAAAAAUGACCAAGUUUUCGAAAUCAUUCCAAAAAUUUUCCAAGUUUUAGCGGUUUCGGCCCGAAAAUAAUUCUUCGAAACUUUGGGAAGGCAUAGAAAGGUCAAUUCAAAAUAUAUUUUUUUGAAAUUCAACCGGUUAAAAAUGGCGGGUCUCAGCUGCAGAAAAAUCUAAAUUUCGGGAAAAUCGGCGGAGUCUCCGCGGAGAAAUCCAAAGAAAAAACUUACCCGUUUCGAGUGGCCCACCCUGUAUAAUAUCAGAAAAGUUGAGAGGCGGGAAAAUGUGUUGAUUUUAUGAAUUUGCGUUUGAUUUGAGCUGUAAUGGUAUUUGACAAACAGUAAAAUGUUUUUGAGUUAUGAUGACAGAGAUUUUUAAAAGAUUCCAUAAAAUCCGUCAUCAUGACACAUUUAAUUUUACGAUAUACAAAAUAAAAUUUGAAGAUUUUUGAUUCACAGGCUUUUCUUACAAGGUGUGAAAAAAUUCACAACGGUUGGUUUGAUUUGAAUGUUGUUUCAGCUAUCGGGAUGACGGAUUUUCUGGAAUUUUGGAAAAUUUCGAAAAAAAUUCGAAAAUUUCGGAGAUUUUGAUAGUUUCAUGUAAAAAAUGAGCGAUUUGGGCAUUGGAAUCACUAUAAUUUUCAUGUUUCAGCGCCUGAUCAAGAAACCCCUCCUGGACGGCGUGGAAAACCUGCGAUUUCUGGCACCGGAGCAGCUCGAACCGAUGUUAACCUUUUUUAGCGGAUAA